CCUGGCAACGCCCUUUGAGUGCGCGCGUCCGUCCUUGUGAGGAGGGGAGUUACGCCGGAGAGUGCUCCGUCCAUUCCGCCAGCCAGCUGAAAGCAGCAUGCCCAAGGAGCCGAAGCCGGCCGAGGCAAUGGAGGAGGAGGAGGAGCUGGAGGAUGAGGAGCCCCAGGACGCCGGUGAUCCGGCAGCCCAGCUGAUGUGCAACCCGCAAGUGCUGGCCGCCCUGCAGGGCCGACUGGACGGCAUGGUCGGCUCACCCUCCGGCUACAUCGAGUCGCUGCCGAAGGUGGUAAAACGGCGCAUCAAGGCGCUUAAGAACAUACAGCUGAAGGCGACGCAUACCGAGGCCGAGUUCUACCGGGAGGUGCACGCCCUCGAGUGCAAGUACCACAAGCUCUACACACCACUCUAUGACCAGCGCACGCAGGUGAUCUCCGGACAGUACGAGCCGACGGACGCCGAGUGCGAGUUCACGCUGGACGAUGACAUCAGCGAGGACAUGAAGGACAAGGCACAGAUCGACGAGGCGCCGCCCAAACCGCCCGCCGACAUGGACGAGAACACCAAGGGCAUCCCCGAGUUCUGGCUGACUGUCUGCAAGAACGUGGACCUGCUGGCCGAGAUGAUCCAGGAGUACGACGAGCCCAUCCUCAAGCACCUCACCGACAUCAAGGUGGCCUUCCGGGAGAAGGACCCCGAGGGCUUCACAUUGGAAUUCCACUUCUCGCCCAACGAUCACUUCACGAACGCUGUGUUAACGAAGGAGUAUUUCAUGAAGUGCACGCCGGACGAGAAGGACCCGUUCUCGUUCGAGGGGCCGGAGAUCAUCAAGUCGAAGGGCUGCACGAUAGACUGGAAGGCGGGCAAGAACAUCACCGAGAAGACCAUCAAGAAGAAGCAGAAGCACAAGGCGCGGGGAAGCACGCGCACCAUCACCAAGACGGUGCAGAACGACUCUUUCUUCAACUUCUUCAACCCUCCUGCCGUGCCGGACGACCCGGAGGCCGAGGUGGACGAGGACGUGCAGAACCUGCUGUCGGCGGACUUCGAGAUCGGCCACUAUAUCCGCGAGCGGAUCGUGCCGCGUGCCGUGCUCUACUUCACCGGCGAGGCGCUCGAGGAGGACGACUACGACGAGGACGAGGAAGAGGAGGAGGCCAGCGAAGACGAGAUGGAGGAUGAGGAGGACCCCGACUUUGACCCGAAGAAGGCAAAGGCGCCAAAGGGAGGCAAGGGGAAGGGGGAUCCUCAGGAGUGCAAGCAGCAGUAGCCGUGCCGAGCGCUAACCUUCUGCGAGUCUCUGGCCCCAUCCGCUUUGAUCUGCCGCCCAUGUACUGAUCUGUGAACUGCACUGACACGAUAUUCGCUGCUGCUACCAAGUCGACAUUGAAUAAAGGUGAAUUCUACUUA